AUGAGAGCGAGAAUGAUGGCACCAAUGGUUGAGGGAAAGGGUGUGACAAAUCUAUUGGAAACGUCGUCGCUCUGUGAUAAUGAACGACUUGGAAAUGAACGUGCCGCACAGUGCACCUUUGGAUAUUGUUCUGGCUCACGUGUACGAGCCCUCACCACACCCCCAGAGAACACAUACAAAUACACAUCCCGUGGGUACACACGAGAAUCACCGUCGGCGGGGAAAGGAGAUGGGGCUACAGUUAGGGGUGGGGGUGGAGAUGGAGGUGGAGGUGGGAGCGCGGGCGACGGAGCUGUCCAUCUCGCAGCACGUCGCGGCAGAAUGGAGUUGAGGUGGGUCCCCAGGCCGAGGACCAUGCCGGUAACAGCGGCGAGGGGGUUUCAGGAGGGCAGCGGCAGCGGGGGCGGGGGAGGAGGGGGGGGGGCAGAGACGCAAAGCCGCGGGGCGACGGACGGGAGCUACGGGAAUGGGGCGGCAAUGGGGCCUGGGGGAGGGAGGGAGGUUGUCGGUACUUAUGUGUUUAUUGCACUCAACGUGAAAUGUAACACUUCUGAUGUGAGAUGUUUUACGACUCUUGAGGAAAGAGGACGUUUCUAA